CCGUGGCAGUUGCCGAAUCGCCAACGAUUCAUAUGUACAUGUGUGGUGACUGACAAAUUAAAUAAAUCAGUAAAUUCUGCUUUGUAUACACCGGUCAACUAUGCCGAUCAAGCUGUAUUCAUUGGAGGCGAGUCCGCCUGUCCGUGCUGUAUGGAUGAUUUGUGAAAUAUAUAAUAUACCCUUAGAAUUGAUAGACAUUGAGUUGAGAACUGGAGAUCACCUUAAGCCGGAAUUUCUGAAGAUUAAUCCGUUGCACACUGUACCCGCUAUGGAUGAUGACGGUACUAUUCUACACGACAGUCAUGCCAUUUUGAUAUAUCUGUCAGAAAUGUACGGCAAAGAUAAGAGUCUCUACCCGAAGGACCCAAAGGGAAGAGCCCUCGUUAACCAGAAAUUGUUUUUCAAUAACGCAUAUCUCUUCCCGAGAAUGCGGAAUGUGACGACCCCUAUUUUUAUGGGAGGAAGAGGAGUACAGCAGCAGCAUUUAGAGUCCAUAAAAGAAGUAUACGACUUCAUGGAAACAUUUUUAGAGAAGACUAAAUACCUAGCUGGUGACAAUAUCACUAUUGCUGAUAUCGCAGCGUUUCCAUCAGUCUGUGGUCUAAUGUACAUAGUGCCGAUUGACUCUGCAAGAUACCCUAAAAUAACCGCAUGGAUAAAGUAUUUUGAGAGUCAACUGUAUAGUAAGAAACACAACGAAAAGGGAGCCAAGAUGUUAGGGGAAAUCGUUCAGAAUGGCAUGAAAUAAUUUUGUUAUUUUUAUUGUGCUUCAACGGCAUGUCUUAAGAGCCUACUAAUUUAAGUGAUGUCAGUGAUUGAAUCAACUUCAAGUAUAUAGAUCGUAUGAAAUAUUUUGUUAUUAAUAAUUAUACUGCUUCAUUUGAAACAUUACUUCAAAUCACUACUAUUAAAAUAUCUUUGAUUCUAAGCUAGUUUAAAUAAGCAAAAAUUGUGAUAUUAAAAUAAAUAUUUCCAAUCAUGCACUAUAUCUCUGAGUAUUUUUUAUACCCAGUUUAGUUAUAAUAAUAAAGU